AUGUUGAAACUGAAGAUUCCAAUCUCAAAAAUCUGCCAAGAGUUGCAACUUUCAAGACCUUUAAUCCACAAAGCUAUUGCAACAUAUGGUAUCAAUUAUACUAGGCACACUGGUUUAAACCAAGAUGAAUUGCUACGAGCAGUUGGUGAGAUUAAAGUCAACCACCCUAAUGCUGGAGAGGUAAUGGUUCAGGGCCAUUUAGAAGCGAAAGGUAUUCAUGUCCAGCGUCAACAGGUUAGGAAUGCAAUACACCACAUUGAUCCCACUGUUUCUGAGAGAAAGCGGCCACCAAUAAACCGACGUGUUUAUUCUGUUCCCUGCCCUAACUACUUGGGGCAUAUAGACGGAAACCAUAAGAUGAUUCGAUGGAGUUUGGUCAUACACCAUGGAAUAGAUGGAUUUAGUCGCCUGAUCACAUUUUGCCGUUGUUCUGGAAACAAUAAAUCAACAACAGUUUUCCCACUUUUUCAAGAAGCGGUGGAAAAGUAUGGGAAACCAAUUCACGUCCACACAGAUUAUGGUGGAGAGAAUGUCCUUAUUUGGAGGGACAUGACCGAAUUUUGGGGCGAGGAUGCUCGAUCAGUAAUUGUUGGAAGCUCUGUGCACAAUCAACGGAUCGAACGUCAUAACAGGGCAGUCAAUGAGCAGGUAGUGUCCAUCUACAAAGCCGAUUUCUACGAGCUAGAAAGGGAAGGUAUUCUGGACCCCCUCAACAGCACUGACAUAUUUUGUCUUCAUUACACAUAUUUGCCGCGUAUCCAGAGGACCCUUGUUGAGUUUGUUGCUGCACAUAACAAUCACCGUGUUUCAACGGAAGGGCAAAAGACCCCAGCCCAAUUGUUCUGGAUUAACAUACGUUUGGCUUCUCUCCAUUCGGGAAACCGAACUAUAAACGUACCAAUGCGUGGGGUCGAUGUACGUGAUCUGCUUUCUGCAGAUAUCCCGCAUGUUCAAGUUCCGGAUGUUGAAAAUCCCAUGUCGGACAGUGCAUUACGUGUCCUUCAUAAUAAUAUUGAUCCAUUAUCUGGGGAUGACGGAAAAGAAAUUUAUCGCCGUGUUGUUCAGUUCGUCGGAAGAAACUUGAUGAUAUAA